GGUGAGGGAAUAAGGAGGCCCGGGCGGCGGGGCCCCCCAGCCACUCCGCCGCCCGCCCGGAGGAGCCGGGUACCGCCGCCGCUUGCCCGCCCGCAUCCCCUCGGCCUGGCCCGGGGGCAAGGUCAGCAGCGAUCUGGAGCCGCCGUGUCACUCCCCGACAGCCAUGAACUGCAGCGAGAGUCAGCGGCUGCGGACCCUGCUGAGCCGCCUGCUGCUGGAGCUGCAUCACCGGGGCAACGCCAGUGGCUUGGGCGCCGGCCCCGGCCCGAGCAUGGGCAUGGGGGUCGUGCCAGACCCCCUCGUGGGCCGCGAGGUGACCAGCGCCAAGGGCAACGACGCCUAUCUCUACAUCCUGCUCAUCAUGGUCUUCUACGCCUGCCUGGCCGGCUGCCUCAUCUUGGCCUACACCCGCUCCCGCAAGCUCGUCGAGGCCAAGGACGAGCCGUCCCAGGCCUGCGCUCAGCACGAGUGGCUCCCGGGAGGGGUCCCGGCCACCGCCGACGCUGAGACAGUGGCCGGCUCGCCCGCCGAGGGCCGCCGCCAGCUCGCCCCCUGCGGGCUGCCCGCUCCGGCCCUGGCCCGGGGCACUGAGGGGGUCUAGAGCCGCCACCCAGCUAGCUGGCUCACCCGCUCCCUCCUCAGCUCGCCGUGUCCUCUCCUCCCCUUCCAGGGCUUGCCCACCUGAGGCUCAGAAGACGUUGAGAGGCCAGGAGACCUCGCCUGGAAGGCCGUGAAAGAAGCAUUACCCUCCGGGCCGGCCUCUCACUCCUCUCCCACCACCCCAGACCCCCACCCCCACCCCGGACAUCCCACCACCCUAAACUGCCUCUGCGCGCCGUGUCUUCAGACAGCCCCGACACCAAGCUCCAGCCCCCUGGGAACUGAAUCCAACACGUCCAACACUUGGCAUUGAACUGAAGCAGUGAAAUCUACCUGAACUCUGGGCCGUCUAAUUGGCAGCUGCUCCAGGGGGCUCAGACUCUGCAGAGCCAACGCGCUUGCCACCACUGCCAGGCCGGCCGCAGCGGCUCCAGCUUCCUGUUGCCUUAGGGACAGAGACAAAGAAAAUGAAGAGACCUCAGACGUUUUUUCCCUCCCUCCUCCUUCAGCAGGGAGCUAAGCAAGACACUAGGACCAGUCUGUGGUGUAGAACGGACUUGAUGGGGACUGGUGGGGGAGGGGGCUUAGGUGUGGGGAAGACGUCUGAGUCCCAACUGUAUGGUUUUCUUGCUUCCAGUUGUCAUCCCAAAGGUAACUUGCCCACUUUUGAGCAGCUUUGCCAUCUUCUGCCCUGGAUAAACAUUGCUGGGUGUAUUACCCCAGUACUUCCCUGUGCCUUUCUUAUCUUGAUUCAGUUAUUAGGGGAGCUAUCUGCUUCCUCCAUGGAACAUGAGGCUCAGUUGUCUCCUGCUCUGUAACCUGGAGAAUGUCAGAGGCAGGUAAUAAAGGUCGUUUAAAAAUG